AUGAAUCAAGUGUGUUCAUCUACAAGACAAAAUCAAGACAUUCCAAAAGAAUUACUUCGACCUCAUUAUACGGUAGCCAUUGUUGGUAGUGGAAAUCAACAACCGGAUUGUACUCGAGCUAGUUCUGAUGAUGGAUUUUGUGGUUCAAGUGAUAUUUCUGAUGAUUGUCCAGAACAGCUGAGACCACGAACAAUUUCAACAAAUGCUUAUUCACCAGUUAGUCCAAAUUCUGUGCCUUAUACACUAAUGAAAGAGGGUAUAUUAGUAAAACAAUCGAACAGUAAUCUAGAUCGUCUUUCAACAGUAACACAGACAUCUCCAUCGUAUUCAUCAUUAUUAAAUCGUCUCGAUAACACUAAUUCUCAUAAUACUGUUGGUUCAUUAGGACUAAUAACAGAAAAUUCGACUAUCGAUGAAAAAGAUUUAAAAUCUCGGCGUGUACGAUUUAAUCUCGAAACAGAUCUAGAUACAAAAAAUACACCAUUUAUUUAUUCACAAAAUAGUCCGUAUAAUUGUUUUAAACAACAUAUUAAUACAAAUAGAACUAUGUCUCAGUCUGAUACAGUUGCUAAUUAUGCAUUUGAACGUUUUGAAAAACUUUAUAUGACACGUGAUGAAAGAAAUAAUGACAAUACAAGAACAUUACAUCGACUGACUAUGUUGCCCACAUCGUACACUAAUAAAAUGUCACGUUCUGAUGAUGAUACAUCAUCAUCAUCACAUUCUAGUCUAUUCAAUAAAGUAUCCACGUUUUCUUCUCCACUAAAUGAUUCUUAUACUCAAAGUAUUACCAAUAAUUAUGAACCAUCAACAGAAAUGCAGAAAAAUACAUCAUAUAAUUCUACUGUAGUAUGA